AUGUCUCUCCCAUCUGGUGCUUACAUUAUCAACAGCCUCGGUUCACCAGGUGGCUCGUAUUUGGCUCGCGAGUCUGGUGACACACUCCUCCCAAAGAAAGUCUUCGUACUUCCACCUGGCACUGAAGCCCCUACGUGGGUGGUAACGCAGCUUGAUAACGGCCGCUACAAACUAGAGACUGGUGACGGAUCUGCCGGUGUAAUUGACGGCAAAGUCUAUGCUAUAGGCGUACUGGAAUCCCGGGAACAGUGGAUCCUCACCUACCAGGAUCUCCAGGGUGCUUACACUGUUGAAAGAGCUAGCCAGGAGGAGGGCUGGGUGGCCCCUGACGGGAUAGGCCCCGAUGCGCAGCUUGAGUCUCGGCCUCUCAUUGUAAUGCCCAGCGAGCCCCCGCAGUACCUUCCUAGCGAGCUGUUUAUCUUCUCCCCCGUUGAGCAGUAA